UUUAUACAAACACACAGCAGAACAGACGACGACGACGAAGUACGGACGUGUGUCACACCAUCAGUCAUUCGUUGCAUAGUACACGUCUCGUGCGUCCAUUGAAAUAAUUUCGCAUUUUUUAAUCAAUUGCACUCGCGAUGACGGACGUCAAGUUUUCGGCCAGGGCUUACGCCAAGGUCCUUCUGCACGCCAUCAAGUAUCCGCACUGUGCCAUCAACGGUCUGCUGCUCGGCAAGUACAGCAACGGCGAGCUGUCCAUUGUCGACGCCGUGCCCCUGUUUCACAUAAGUCUGCACUUGGCACCCAUGGGCGAGCUCGCUCUCAACACGGUUGAACAAUUGGCCACAGAACUGAAUUUGGAGAUAGCUGGCUACUAUGCAGCCAACGAAAACAUCAAUGACACUAGCAUUGACAAACCAGCACACAGAGCUAUAUCAGAAAAGUUAGCUGAGAACUUUGAUCAUGCCAUCAUAGCCAUGGUUGACAAUAAAGAAUUGUCCAUUGAUAUGGACAGAUUUGCGCUUAAGGUUUCACAGUAUUCAGAUGGCAAAUGGAAGGUCAAAGACAGAGCUAGUAUACGAUAUGAAGGUGAUGAUACACUUUUGAAAGCUCUCUACAAACUAAACAAAGAUGAGAGGUACAGAGAUUUAUACGACUUUGAUAAUCAUCUGGAUGAUGUCUCGAUGGAUUGGAGAAACAGAAAAUUGAACAAAAUUAUUGACGGAGCAUUGCAACGACAAGUAUAAUGGUGUCAAAGUAAUUUAUGAUAUUGUUUUAAUUGUUCAAAUAUUUAUAUAUUUAUACAUUCUUCCAAAGGAUAGUUUUUCAAAGACUAUUCUUUGAAGCACGGUUGUGUACAAUAUUCCAUUUAAGUAAUUAUACACAUAUAGUCAUGAAAUAUAUUAGUAUACAUCAG